UGAAAUUAUGAAGUUUGAAAAUAUGGCAAAGAUUUCACUGUACACUCACGGAUGAAAGCGAUGGUUUGAAAUUGAGGCAGAAGAUUUGCACUGUACACUCACGAGAAAACUUCAGAAGCGCCUAUAAAUAGGCUUGCUCAUUCAUUUGUAACACACACACCAUCAGAAGAGAGAAGAAAGAAAAGGAGAGAGAAAUUUAAGUAUUAGUGAGUGAGUUUCUAUUUGAGAGGAAUUUCAACUGUGCAAACACCACAAGAAAAGAUUUAAUUCCACUAUCAAUUUUCAGUGAUGGCAAAUCUGGCUAAAUUGGAAUUCGCUGCCCUAGAGCUUUCUGGGGACAAUUACCUAUCAUGGGUCCUGGAUGCCAAGAUCCAUCUGCGUGCUAAUGGCCUUGGCAAAGCCAUUGAAGAUGGAAGUGAUGCAUCACCUGAGGAAAAUGCGAAGGCCAUGAUUUUCCUUCGCCGCCACAUUCAUGAAGCGCUGAAGAGCGAAUAUGUGGUGAUUGAUGAACCAUUGGUCCUGUGGAAAGCCUUGUGUGAGAGAUACAAUCAUCAGAAGACGGUGACUCUCCCAAAAGCUAGAUAUGAAUGGACACACUUGAGAUUUCAAGACUUCAAGACAGUGUCCGAAUACAACUCAGCUAUGCACAGGAUCACCUCCCUUAUGAAAUUAUGUGGUGAAAAUAUAUCUGAGGAAGAUAUGCUCGAAAAAACUCUGAGUACAUUUCAUGCCUCAAAUGUGCUUCUGCAACAGCAAUAUAGGCAUAGUGGUUUCACAAAGUACUCAGAACUUGUAUCUUGCCUCUUGCUUGCUGAGCAGAACAACGAGCUUUUAUUGAAAAAUCACCAAUCUCGCCCAACAGGCUCAGCACCACUUCCUGAAAUAAAUGUUGCAUCUCGGGAAGUGAAUGCCACCUCAUCUCGUGGCAGUAUCCACAAACGUUGGCGAGGAGGCAAACGUGGCCGAUGGCAAGGGAGUAGAAAAGAUCGUGGUGCUCACUCAUACAGCUUGGGGCCAAGAAACAAUCCACCCAUGAAUGGCAAAAAUCCACCCAGAAAUAAGGGAAAAACACAAACAAGCUAUGUGCCUAGAAAUGAUGAAAGAGCUUGUUACAGAUGUGGUGCAAAGGGACAUUGGAUGCGUACAUGUCGUACGCCGAGGCACUUGGCGGAUCUUUAUCAAACUUCACUUAGAAACAGAAAAGUGGAGACAAAUUAUGUUGCACCAGAUCCGCCAGCCAUAGACGGCUCAUCGGAAAUAUCGCGUCGUUUAGACAAGACGCAUCUAGAUGUUUCCGAUUUUGUUACUGAAAGGGGGAAUGAAAUUUAUGGGUCCGAACUGGAUUAA